AUGUCUGGAAGACGUCAACGCGUUGUAGUUCAACAGCCACCUCCUGAGAUGAUGCAACAGCCAAUGGAGAGAGUUGAUGGUUCAAUGAAUCACAAUAGAAUAUUUAUAUACCCCUGCUACAUAGACAACGAAAUGACAGAGUUUCAAGGACGUAAACUUCCGAAAGAGCAAUGCGUUCAGAAUCCAUUCAUAGAGGAAAUUUCUAGGGCAAUAUUCGAGCUUGGUUUUGAAGGUAUUUACUCAAUGCAGAAAAGACAUCCAAGGAAUUUUUGGAAAUUUGGCCGAGCAGCGAUCACCUUCUAUAAGAAAGAUGAGGCUACAGGAAACCGUGUCCCAAUAUAUCCACAAUAUCCGAAACGUAAAGAUGUUUAUAGAGCAAUUGCAAAGAAAAUCGUAGAAAUACGCGCGAACUUAAGCAACAAGGAUAGACAAAUGCUUCUGCAGAGGUUGGCUAUGAAGAGAUAUUAA